AGUGAACGUCCAAAGAACCGCUCGGUUCUUAUCCGUUCAGCGAGAGCUGAAGCAAUCGUCGUGCCUCUCAAGUGUCCCGAUUUCCAAACCCAAUCCCAAACCCGAACCCCACGCCUCGUCCUUGAUCGAUCCAUUAAAGAAGAGGAGGAAGAGAUGCCGACCGCCGAAGAAGCAGAGCAGGAGCGCCCCGUCUUCGACGACGACGACGACGAUGACGUCUCCGAGAGCGUCGGAAGUGAAGACGAUGACGUUGACGGCAACGGCCACGCGACGCCGCCGUCUUCUCAGCUGCAAGCCCCGACGGAGCCAAGCGUAGUGGUUGCGGCGGAGUCCGGCGGUCUACACCCUUCCGCCUCCUCCGAUCAAGCCACAAACCUUAACCCUAACCCCAACACCACACUCUUCGAUCCCACUGCGGCCGCUCUUCCUCCUCCCCAGAACGGCGCGAUCCCAGUUCCAGUCCUCCCCAUAGCCGCUAUCUCUUCUCCCUCCGCUGAUGCUGCCUUCUUCAACCCCACUUCCUCAUCCGUUGCUGUCCCCGGCGCCACCACCUCUGCCUCUGAGGAGAGGAGGUCCCUCGCCGUCGUCUCCUUCGAUGAGUCCCGCCGUCUCUUCCAACGGCUUUGGACCGACGAGGAGGAGAUCAAGAUCCUACGAGGGUUCUUCGAAUUCACCUCGAGGCGCGGCACUACCUUCGCCUCCCACCAGUACGACACCGGCCCCUUCUACGAGGAGAUCAAGAAGCAGUUCCAGAUUGAAUUCACCAAGAACCAGCUAAUUGAGAAGCUCCGUCGCCUGAAGAAGAAGUAUCGGAACUGCGUUAGUCGGAUGGGGUCCGUGGGGAAAGGCUUCGCCUUUAAGAGCUCACACGAGCGGGCCAUCUAUGACAUCGCUCGCAGGAUCUGGAGCGCUGGCUCCAAGAGGGUCCACGAGAGUGAUGACGAGGACCUUAAUACAUCAAACAACGCCAUCUCUGACGAGAUCAUUGCAGUUCCGAUCAACGAUGGUUCUUUGAGUUCUCAUAGAAGGAUCUCAAGAUCAAGAAGGUGCAUGAGAAGGAGAAUGGCAGAAGAUGUGGCUACAGUGGAUGCUACUACUGCAGUCGGUGGAGUAGCUAUAGACCAUUCCACUCCAGAGAUGCACACACCUUUCGCUUCAGCAGCUGGGAUACCAAACAUCAUCGAGGAGACUGUAAAGGACUGCCUCUCACCACUGUUUAAGGAACUCAUCAAUUCUGCUAUUGGGAGCCCGCUUGGUCCAGGACUCAUUGGUGGGACAUCACCAUUGAACCUGCUUCCCAUGAGCCUCAGGGGUGGUGGUUCUUUGGCGGCCCCAGGGAUGACUAUAGAUGACAAGUGGAGAAAGCAGCAGAUUCUAGAACUGGAGGUUUAUUUAAAGAGAAUAGAGCUUGUAAUGGACCACAUCAAGGCAACAAUGGAGGAACUCAAGUCUGCAGCGAGCUGAUUAGAGUUUCUGCUACAAAGGUUGUAACCCUUAGUGCUGGAUCCUUUGCUUUGUGAUUCUUGUUUAUUUGGAUACUUCCUGUUAUAUCAGUCUGAUAAACUAACACUUUUUUCUCCUUAUAUUAAUCUCUAUUUAGUCUUA